AUGAAAGUUUCUCUAAGUUAUAUUCAAAACAAUCCUUUAUUUGGCGAAAAGCAACGCAAUUUUGACCAAGUGUGGGAUUUGGCCCAAACCAUCAAAACCGAUGUUCUGGUAUUGCCCGAGUUGUUUGCCACGGGUUAUGCUUUUACAAGCCGAAAUGAAGCCUUGGAGGCUGGUGAAACCACCGAUGGUUCAACCGUUGAAUUUUUAAAAACCCUAUCCCAUCUAACGGGCGCCAUCGUGGUGGCCGGUUGGGUGGAACGCGACGGCGAUGCGGUGUAUAAUGGGGCCAUUAUGGUGGAUGACCAUGGUGUGGUGGCCGUUUACCGAAAAAUUCAUUUAUUCAAUCGAGAAACGCUUUGGUUUGAUGCUGGAAAUCUGCCAUUUUCGGUGCACGAAGUGCAGGGCAUUAAACUGGGCAUGAUGGUAUGUUUUGACUGGUAUUUCCCCGAAUCGAUGAGGACUUUGGCCUUGUUGGGCGCCGAUGUGGUGGCGCAUCCCAGCAAUUUGGUACUGCCCCAUUGCCAAACGGCCAUGAGAACCCGUUGUUUGGAAAAUCGGGUCUAUGCCAUUACCGCCAAUCGCAUGGGCAGCGAUCAUAAUCAAGGGGAACAUUUUGCGUUUACGGGUCAGAGCCAAAUCACCGAUGUGUAUGGAGUACCCAUGGCCCAAUCGCCCAUGGAUGAAACCGAUGUUCAAACCGUUGUGGCCGAUCUUGGUUUGGCCAGAAACAAAAUGCUAAACCCCCAUAACGAUUUAUUGGGCAGUCGACAAACUCAAUUUUAUGGUCUUUAA